UUGAUAUAAAAGUCGAUAAGAAAAGCAUAAUACCAUUUAAAACAAAAGUUUUAUUCAAUCUUAGAAGAGUAACUUAAGUACCACUAAAAGUUUCUUAAAACAAGUAUUUACUUAUUGUCAAAGAAUUAUUUACAAUUUUAUACUGACUACAAAAAAAGAAAAGAAGUAAAUUUAUUGAAUCAAAAUGGAGGUAGGAAAUUUAGCGAACCCUUUGGGAACGCUUCAGACGAUCUCUGUGCUGAGUUGCAUGUCAGCAUUGAGUGAUGUUCUUUUCGAAGAAAAUUUUCUCAAAGGAACUGAUGAAAACAAUAAAAUUCCAAUUAUCAAUGCCUUGUAUCACUAUAGUUUUGACAAAAAUAAUAAACUUGAUUCGAACCAAAGAAAAAUUCGCCUAGCUGAAAAAGUCGGAAGCAGUUGUAAUCUAAAAGGUGUCAAAGAUCCAAAUGUUAUCAACAAAAAUCUGAACCACGUUAUUGAAUCCGUCAUCUUUGAAAAAUACGGCAGCAUCGAUGGAUUUAUAGCCUAUAGUCAAAUGGCUGCAACAGAUUAUUCUCUAAAACUACCGGAGCUUCUCAAAGAGACGCUAAAAAAUGUACGUUUUUAUAAUGAUAAUGGGGGAACUUCUUACCUCGAUCAACUAGCAGUUGAUCAAAUAUUCAAUGAUUUGAUCAAACCUUUACUACCGGGAAAAAAAAUUCAAUGACAAACAAUGGACCUGGACAAACGAGAGUAUUUUAUGAAAUGAAAUUUGCUGAGCCAAUAAUUAGAGCAAGGGCAAUCAUUUAUUAGUCUUGGACGAAAAUGAGACAAUUUUACUUCCUAAUACUAAAUUUCAUAUCGAUAGCAUAGAAGACGAUACCAAUUGUGAACCACUGUAAUCGGGUGUUAAAAUUAAGUGUAUCGUUGUUAAAUUGUCAGCAUUGAAAAAUCAAUCAACGAUAUUGGAUCGUGAAAAAAGUAUCAUGAAAGAUAUAAAUGAAUUCGAAAAGAGUGGAACGAAAUUUUAUGUUAAAUCUUAGAUUUUAUUUAUAUUAUUUCUGUUAAUCUAUUGAUUUUAUACAGAUGAAAAAUUGUUUUUCUUAUUUUUUGUUUUAUUAUAUUUUAAUUUUAAUUACAAUAAUUAUUUUUAACAUACAAAUUUUAUAAAUUUUAUUAAUCAUUAAUUUCUUGCCAAAAUACAAUUUUAUAUAUUGUA